AGCCGAACAAGAAACCCAGCCUCGACGCACCUCCCCUUGAGGAAAUCGAUAAAGCUUGGUUUUUGCCUUCUUUUCUUGUUCAAGAACCAGAUUUGGAGCUUAGAAUUCUCCCUCCCUAAAGCAAGGAAUUCCAGAUCUGCUCUGCGUCUUCCUCCCUAAUGGCAAUUUGUGUUAAACUCAAGGGGCUUAAAAGGGGAAAGAAAUUGGAUAAGGAUCGGGUGAUUUUUCUUCCUUCUUUCUCUCUUCAGCCGCGUGUUUCUCUUCUUCUUUCCCGUCCCCCUGCAGCCGAACAAGAAACCCAGCCUCGACGCACCUCCCCUUGAGGAAACCGAUAAAGCUUGGUUUUUGCCUUCUUUUCUUGUUCAAGAGCCAGAUUUGGAGCUUAGAAUUCUCCCUCCCUAAAGCAAGGAAUUCCAGAUCUGCUUUGCGUCUUCCUCCCUCUGCCGUCCGCGAGUUGCAGCUUGUGUGAUUUCUAGGCAGAUUUUUUGUUUGUGUGAUUGCCCUCCAGGAUCCCGUCGGCUUCCUCACCAGCCAAGCCCGGUUUCUGCAGCUGGAAAUUCUAGAAGCGAAACCGAGGAUGGAGAAACCACGGGAAGUGACAAGUUAGUAGGCUAGCCAUUUCGAGAUUGAUAUAGAUUUUAGAAAUAGAUCAUGAUCUUAUGUGAAUUGGAUAAGUUCCGAGCUUUGUGCAUUUGUGGGACCCUCUCACAAGUGUACAGCGUCUGCCACGUCUCUGGAUUUGGAUUCUGGGGUGUGACAGAUUUAGUGCCAAUAGAUUUUAGAAUCGUCGUGAGACUGAGUGAUGAGGUUAUAUAAGGGAUGAUUCUGAUUCAUGUUGCCUGAAUUUUCUAAUCCCUUUUGAUGAGAUGGUAAUUAGAUUGUUCUUGUUUCUUGCCUUCAUACCCUGUGUGGAUUCAUGAAAUUAAUCUUGUCCGUCAUGUUCUUAAGACCUUGUUUUGAAACUUGGUCAUUUUCUGAUAGUCCGCACUUGUUUAGACUUGUUACGUGAAUAGAAUUUUUGUAUGCUCUUUUGCCACAAUUGUAAGAUCUAGGGAGUUGUAGAGAUCUUUUGUUAUUGAUCCUAUUGGUCUCUACAACAUAGCAGGCUGAGAAAUUUGUUCUAUUUGUCACAUGACCAGUGGAAGAUGGGCAAACCCUCUCCUUUGUAAGAGAUUCAAGGCCAUUUAGCAAAUGUUGUGUGUUUUCUAGAUGCGUUUUAGGAGAUGGAUAACUUGGUAAUUUCGCUGCUCAUUAUCUUUCUGAAAGUCUUAUAGUGAAGUUUCACUUUUUCCAUUUGGAGCUUCAUGGUCUUUUCAUGUGGCUCAUUUUUCUAUAUUGGUUAAUCAAAAACAAUGAUCAAUUCAAUUGAAAUUGCCAUGUUUUUGUGAAGAUUGGCAAGCUGUCAUAAAGUUAAACUCUCUAUUGUUGCUAAUAUCUACAUUCUUGAUGUCUGUUGAAACUACUUGAAACUCCUAAAAUCCGUCUGGAAUCUUUCUUGAUAUUGCUUUGUACUUGUUCUUGAAACUGAAAUCCAGAAAUGGAUAAUGAUUAUUGAAAUCCUCAUUAUCUUGAUACUUGUCUGAAACUAUUUCUUGAAACUGUUUCUGGCAUUGUGCUUGGAAUCGGUUCAUAAACCUUGCUUGAAAUUAACCUUGCUUGAAAUUCAUUCUUCUUGGAAUUCUACUCUUGAAAAUUGACUGAUAUUGUUCUUGGAAUCUAUUCUUGAAAAUCAAUUGAUAUUUGGUUU